ACCUCACCCAGUCUCAGUCUCCCUCUACCUACAGGUUCCCAGUCCCAGUCUCUUUGACAAGCAAGUCCCACUAUCCCUACCAGCCUCCAGUUCCAGGCUCCUUGUCCCAAUCUACUCCCCUCACUUUCCCCUUGUAUGUCAAGUUCUGGUCCCCUCUGCAUUUGAAUCAGGCAGCUUCAUCUUCCAUGCUGCCUGGGCCCACCUGUGGGGAGAGAGGGGCAGAAGGGCGGUCACUGCAAGCUCCUUGUUCUCUGUGCAAGUGCUCAGACCUGUACUCAACUCCAGGCCCAGCAUGGCUCACAGCAGCCCUGAACUGCAAUUGCAGGGAGUGAUGCUUAGCCCCAGGCUGGAACAAAGCUCAGUGUGGACACACUCUUCAAGGAAUCUAGCUGUUAAAAUACAAGAAGUCUCUGAACAUGUGCAAGCUGAGAUUUAUCAAAGGUUUAUAACUUUGCCACAUUCGGGCUGAUUUAAAGGGGAUGGUAAAAGGCAUAUACCUGGCACAAAGGCCACCAUCCUGCCACAUUUCAAGUCCCUCCUCCAAAGCAUGGGGGCACUAGAGCUUUUCAAAGAAAAGGUUGACAGAAUUUUUAACGUGGCCAAAACAAUGGGCAUGGCAACACUUGUGAGUUAGAGUGCAUGAAAGCAGCACCGGGCACCCUAACUCAUGAUGCGUCCACACUGGCAAGGCAUGUAGAGCACUCUGACUUCGCGGCUAGAGCGCUCCUGGUACUCCACCUCGGUGAGUGGAAUAAUGUUUGAUGUGCCUCCGCUGGAGCGCUGCAGCACCAGUGUGGACGCCCUGGUCUGUUAAUGCGCUUUGAUCGGCCUCCAGAAGUGUCCCACAAUGCCUGUUCUAGCCACUCUGGUCAUCACUUUGAACCUACUGCCCUGCCCUCAGGUGACCAACCGUCAGACCCGCCCUUUAAAUGCUCUGGGAAUUUUGAAAAUCCCCUUCCUGUUGCUCAGCCAGGCGUGGAGUGCUCUCAGCGAAUCUUUCCAGGUGACCAUGCCUCCAAGCAAUCCCCAGUAUGGAGCAAUGGCGAGGUGCUGGACCUCAUUAGUGUUUGCGGGGAGAAAGUUGUCCAGUCCCAGCUGAACUCCAGCCACAGGAAUUACAAUAUCUUCAGGCAGAUAUCAAGGGACAUGAUGGAAAGGGACCAUGACUGGGAUGCUCUGCAGUGCAGGGUUCAAGUGAAGGAGGUGCGGAAUGUCUUCUGCAAAGCCCGCGAGGCAAACAGCCACUCCAGUGCUGCCCCCACGACCUGCCGUUUUUACAAAGAGCUGGACGUGACACUUGGGGGCGACCUCACCUCCACUCCGAGUACCACCAUGGACACUUCAGAGUACAGUCCAACAAGGCAGGAGGAGGAGGAGCAAAGCGGGAGUGAGCAUGCUGAGGAGGAGGAAGACACCCCGGCAUCCCUAGAUGCAUGCAGCCAGGAGCUGUUCUCAAGCCAGGAGGAAGGUAGUCAGUUGCGGCGGCUGGUGCUUGGGGAAGGACAAACACUGGAGGAGGUUCCUGAUGCAACCUUGAGAUCUCAGCUGUCCAUGUGAUCACCAGCCGAGGAGCUGCAAAGAAUCAGGAAGAAGCCACGUAGAAGCAAAGAAGACAUGCUGCAUGAAGUCAUGCAGCACUCCCUUAAUGAAAAUCAAAAAGUGCAGGAGUGGCGGGAGAGUGAAAGGAGGGUCCGCCAGCAGAAUGCAGCUUGCUGGCACCAAAGCACAGAGCGGCUGACAAGCAUCAUGGAGCGCCAAGCGGA